AUGGCUUUGGGAUCCCUUGUCAACCUGAUCUUGCGUCUGGCGCAGAUUGCCUUUGCCGCCAUCGUUGCCGGUGUCAACGGGCAGAUCCUCCACGAAUCCCGUGGCGCCUCCUCUUGGGCGCUGGGCCGGUUCAUUUACACGGAGACCAUUGCCGGUCUAUCGCUGUUCAUACCCGUGAUAUGGGUCUUCCUUGCCGGUGGACACUUCAGCUGGGUCCUCGACAUUAUCAUCAGCCUGUGCUGGUGGGCAGCUUUCGGUCUCCUCGUUGACAAUCUCAAUGGAAGUGCUUGUGGCUCCGCGUUCAACUGGAGCAACGUCCGCCUGUACGGCGACGACCCAUGCGGCAAGUUCAAGGCUGUCGUCGCCUUCGCGUUCUUGUCGGCCAUUGUCUGGCUCGCCUCUGCCGUCUUCGACCUCUUCUGGGCCCGUCGCCACCGCACAACUGAGCCUGUUACCCACCACCGCCGUUGGCACCGCAGUUACGUCUAA